GAGAUUAGAGAAUGAAAACACACAAAAGAGCUAGAGAUGAUCCUGAAAUCCAACCCUAGGCGGUUAACCCCGGUUGAAAUCUUGUUUCAAUUUUAGGCGGGAGAUUUUUCAUUUAUAUAAGCUGUCACUUCCGUCCUUUCUCCGUCUUUCUGAACUCCGGAGAAGCUAUUUUUUCCUUUUCUCGUUUCGUCUCCCUCCAACUUCUCAAGCUUCUGGUUAACUGUUAACGAUUCUUGCUGCAACAUAGGAAAGAACUGCACUUUCUGUCACUUUUUGAGGUUUCAAACAAUGGCGAGAAGGCACGGGAGGGAGAGUCCAACAAUUCAUGUGAUCGAUGAAGAAGAGGAGGGUAUUUCGGCUGGAAGAUCAUCAAUGGAUUCAGUUUUUCAUCCUUCGGAACCACAGCUUGCUCGUCUUCAUCUUAGGGAACGAUGGGAAUUGGCUUCUGUUCUUAACUUCUUCAAAGUUUUCCAGCCCAUCAUUGGUAGCAAGUUGGAGUUUUCAGCGGAAGAAAUCGAGACAGCCCUCAUUACGCCCAACGGCACUCUCGCUCGGCUCCACAUUUUGCUUUUGAAGGGGAUACCACCUGUCAGCAAAAAAUUGACUGACCCUGAUGUUUGGGUUACAGAACUUUGUAAGAAACUUAAAGUGUGGUGGUCAACGGUCGCUGAAGGGGGGAUUCCACUCCUUGUAUCCCAUGGAGAAGAGAUAUCUAAAUACAAGGAAAUUGAUCCAACUGUUCGUCUGGUGAUCCUGAAAGCACUCUGUGAAAUUCGUCUUAUUCAUGAUGAUAUAUUGACUUAUAUUAACGACGAACUGAAAGAUGGAAGAGAGCUUUCUACUUUCCGUAAAGAUAGAAUUGAUGGAGAUGGAAAUGGAACUACUUACUGGUAUGAUGGAGAUUCAGUAAUUGGUUAUAGGUUAUACAAAGAAGUGAAAAAUGUUGAAUACAACCAAAGCUCACAGGAGAAAGGACACUUAGCACCAGCAACUACUGGUUUUCAAUGGGAAACACUGGCAACAAAUCUUGAUGAAUUUCGUGAGAUAUCAGAUAAACUCUGUUCCAGUGAAGUUGUGGUUGAAUCUAAUGUUGGGAAGAUAGUUGAAAAAGAAAUUUUACCUAUUCUGGAAAAGCUCCAAAAGAAGAAAGAAAGGACACUGAAACGACAAAGUGAGAAAGCAUUGCUCCAGAGUGGUCAUUUUAAUUCUUUUGGAAUGAUGAAUACUCGUACCUCUCGUGUUCGUAGACCUGUCAAUUACACAUUUGAUGAAUAUGACAGGUCUAUUGACGAGGCUCUAGAGGUGAUAAAGGGAGAUCCCACUGGGGAUAAAAGGCAUGAGCAGGAAAUUGGCAGUGAUCCUGAAGGAAGUGUCACUGAUGAGAUUCGGCUCAUAGGAACUGGUAAUGGUAGCAGUGAAAGCGAUGACGAUUAUGAUAGCAAGAAUGAGGUUGACGAUGAUGACAUUGGUGACAACUUAGGCACAUCUGAGAAGGAAAGCAAAAAACUUGGCCCUGGAAAUGGUGUGAAACGGAAUUCUCAGAAACGAAAUGGUUUAACUGAAGUUGUAGGAUUGCGCCGCAGUAGGAGAAUAUCUGGGACCAGUUCUCCUGGCUUGAUGCUAGGAAGUGAUGUAGACAUGAAGCAGAGACCACCCUGUGACACCAUUUUUGAACCUCAUAUUAUUUCAGACUCGGAAGACUUAAACAUGUCUGAACAUCUGGGCAAUAAGAUGUUAUGUACUGGAUGAAAUUUUUUGCUUCCUUGUAAGAAUUCAUUGGUGAUGGUUGAAGAAGGUAAUAUUGAUGGUUCACAAUCACCAGACAACCAACCAUACGUGCGUCAAGCUAUUGCUUAGACUUUUUUUUGGGGGGGGGGGGGGGGGGUGGGGGAGGGGAUUGGUAAUACCUAGGGAUAUGGCUGAUAAUUUGAAAUCUGUCUGCUGAUCUGUAAAGAAGUUUCAGUGCUAUAAUGUAAUGCUUUUCUUUUGGUAAAAUGUAAUGCUUUUCUCACCUGUAACAAUACUUGACGUUGCAGAUAGUAUUGGAAUCCCUGACACUCAUCUGUUUUGAUAUUCAUUUCUAAUGUUAUGUGACAUGAUAAGAAAAGGGUAGGACAAUUCGUACAAAA